AGGGAACACAGGGAAAGGAAAAAAAGGUCUCACGACCGGGAUCUAACUGCACAGUAACUAUCAGAGACGGACGAAUUGCAUCGGGUUGUCAGCGCUCUCCAGGACCCCUGAUGAGUGAUGGUGCUUUCACGCCUGCAAAGUGCACCACCCUUGGCGGAAUUGCAUCAUGACGUGCCCCGUUCGUCCAGCGGCCAGAGCAGCACCCCAGGCGGUUUUUAUGGCGCUAACUCCGCCGGAUGCGACGCGUGUGGUCCCUUAGCUCCAUCGACGAGUCUCGGGCAGUCGCCUCCUCUGCGAUGGUCUGCUCUGGUCUGGUCUGGCGACAAUGCGGUGGACAUGGACCGAGCCGAUGUUCCAUCCGGGCCGUCGUCGCAUCGUCGUCGUGACUUUUCGAAAAGGACGUACGUCGGUGGGCGGCUCCUGUCUUGCCUGUCCUGUCCCUUGUUGUUUGCUUCACAUCUUCCCCCGCAAGAGGCAGGCAGGCAGGCCAACAGCGUGUGUCAGUCAACAAGGUGAAAUCUCUCGUCGACGGCCUGGGCCUGGUCGAGGCGCAUCACGUCAUCCUCCCGGCGGGCGAGUCAAGAAGCCUCAUCGCCACACAGCGAGCACACCAACCUUGCGCGCUACCCGUGUGCGUUAGACUCGGCGGCGGGUCGUCGAUACACUGGCUGCAACUGUGCCUAGGUAGGUUUCUGCUGGCUGUUGUGCUCGCUCGCUCGCAGCUUUGCUGUCCGCGUCUGGAUGCUAAUGAAGCACGAGGCACGACACUGGCAAUCUGGUUUUGCUAGCGCAACUGUUUGUCGCAUUAUUCGCUCUCCUGCCCAAUGCUUAGUUUCUCCGCGUUGCGCGCGCUGACGGAUAUUGGUACGGCAUCCCCCAUCACUUCGCCAGGGUCGCUCUUUCUCCAUCUCAACCCUCCCUCCCCCUCCCCUUCUCUGUCGCCUUCACAGUUCGUCUCUCACAUGGCCCCCUCUUUUUCGUCCCUCAGUAUCCGUCCUUAAAAUCUCCUCCUCCUCCCCCCCCCUCGGGCCGCUCAUUCUUUUUUUCCCGGCACGGUCAUACAGUCAAGUCAAACAUCGCCAAUGUUCGGACGCCGGAAAAGUGACGGGGGUGGAGGCAAGCUGGCCGGUGACCCCCAUGUGGCAGACAGCUCAGCCGGGGGCUACGACGACGAGGCCGCUCGCUAUGGCGCCUACGGGGACGCUCCCGAUUUUGUGCCCAGCGACGGCAGUACCAUGGAUCCCGAUUCUGGUGUGAAGCGCGGCCUCAAGAACCGCCAUCUCUCCAUGAUGGCCUUGGCUGGUAUCAUCGGUCCCGGCUUGUUGGUUGGUGCCGGCGGUGCGUUGAGAAAUGGCGGUCCCGCCUCGCUGCUCAUCGGCUUUGGUGUCAUAGGCAUCAUCGCUUUUGCCAUCAUGCAAUCUCUCGGUGAAAUCACCACGAUAUUUCCUGGUGGAGGCUCAUUCGUCUCACUCGCCGAGCGCAUGGUCGACAAGUCCUUUUCCGUGGCUGUGGGAUGGAAUUACUUCAUCAUUUGGGCCGCGGUUCUUGCCAACGAGUACAACGUCAUAUGCAGUAUUCUCACCUACUGGGUCCCUCAGGUCCCGCUCUGGGGCUGGUUCCUCAUCCUGUGGACCAUAUUCUUCGGCUUUCAGCUUCUAGGCGUUGAGGCGUUCGGAGAGGCCGAGUUUUGGCUCGCACUGCUCAAGCUCUUGGGACUGACUGCCUACUUCAUUUUCGCCAUAAUUUAUGCAGCGGGCGGCCUCGUCGGUCAAAAGGAGCCGCUUGGCUUUCGCUACUGGCACGACCCGGGUCCGUUCAACGGAAAUGGCUUCAAGGGCGUCGCGCAGGUUUUUGUUUUCACUAGCACGUUCUACGCUGGUGUGGAAUCUGUCGCUGUCGCCGCCACCGAGACGAGGAAUCCAGGUGUGGCUGUGCCCCAGGCCAUCCGCCAGGUGUUUUGGCGUAUCAUCUUCGUCUACAUGGGUUCCGCCUUCUUUUUUGGCAUCACUUGUCCCGCGAAUGCCGACGGUCUUGUCAACGGAGGAUCCAAGGCACUGAAAAGUCCCAUGACGAUUGCCCUCCAGAAUGCUGGUUGGGAAGGAGGUGUCCAUCUCAUCAACGCAUUCAUUCUCAUCACCUGCUUGUCGGCCGUCAACUCUUCCAUCUAUAUCGGCUCACGCACCAUCUUGUACAUGGCGCAGUCUGGCAAGGCACCCAGCUUCAUUGGCUGGACCAAUAAGAGGGGUGUUCCAGUCUGGGCCAUUCUCAUCACGAACGCUGUCGGCGCCAUCUCCAUGAUGAACGUGUCGACGGGUGCAUCCAAGGCCUACCAAUACAUUGUAAACCUCUCGGGCGUGAGCACCUUCCUCGUCUGGGGCAGCAUCAGCUUCAUUCACAUUCGAUUUCGCCGCGCCUGGGUGGCUCAAAACCGGGAUGUCAACGAAAUCCCCUUCAAGAGCCUUUGGUAUCCGCUCAUUGCGUACUUUGGCGUCGCCAUCAACCUUUUCCUGGCUCUCGUCCAAGGGUGGACGACUUUGUCUCCCUUUGACGCGGGGAAUUUCGUUGAUGCAUAUAUCCUUCUCCCCUUGUUUGGGCUUAUUUAUGUGACUGGCAAGAUUUACUGGCGUGGCAAAGACAAGGUCAAGCGCAGUUGGGAGAUUGAUCUCGACAGUGGCAGGAGAACCGACUUGGAUCAGAAGGGGGUAUUGCCGGAGGACGAAGCGUUCCAACGCGAAAAGAUUCCGUUUUGGAAGAAGCUGUGGAAUUUGCUUUAGUUACUCCACUAUAUCUAUUCUGGAUCUUGUUUUGCAUAUUUGCAUCUAAGGGCGUUUUGACUCGGUGGAGGGUUACCAACCGGACUUUGGUGCGAAGCCAAGGAAAAUAUUCUGGAUUAUGGCUGAGGCCUGCGUCAAGAAUCAGACAAGAGGGGGGUCUUUUGACUUGCGAGGUGUUUGCGGGAAGCGUGACAUUGAUUCGUCUCGCCAGCACUUGCUCUAUUGCAUAGAGUUAGAUAUGGGCCUGGGAGGAACACGACGGGAAACCCCCUCGCCUGCUGAUGGCGACGAUCCAAAUGAAUACUAGGACAUACACACACACCCUGUCCCACCAGUGCACUUCAUUCGUUGCGCUCCCCUGGCUGUAUGCGACCAUGGCACAGCAGAACCACAUGCCUCAUUCCUCUAUUACCGAGUUCCACGUUCACACGGACAGAGCUG